AUGGGAAUACAUAUAUUUAGUAAAAAAGAGAAGAAUUGCAAAUACGUAAGUUAUGAAUGUGAACAUAUAUUAUUUCUCUCUUCUUUUCAAUUAUUUUUUGCAUUUAUGUUUUGUGUAUAUUGUGAAUUGUAUUAUUUGUCUAUAUUAAAUUUUUCUUUACUUACAACUUCUCUUUUACAUUGGAGAAAACCAGAAUUAGGAAUGAAAAGGAAACUUGACAUAGUAGUGACGAUAUUGAGUAUUAUUGUUCAUUUGAUUUAUUCAUUUUAUAUAAAUUCUCUUUGUGUAUUUAUUUGUUUUUUUUCUUCUAUACUAGUAGCGACAUCUUAUUUUACUGGAAAAAAAUAUAGUUAUAAUUCUUACAGUACUAUAUGUCAUUUAUUUAUACAUACAAUUGGAAACUUUACAGCUAUAACUAUUUAUUAUUAUGCAAAAAAAAAAAGUAUUAAUUCAUCAUAA